AAAGUGGGUGUUCGAUACAAAUGCUACAGUGUUUUACCAAAUAAACAGUUAUAAUUGUAAUUACAGAGCUAUGUGUUUAUAAAACCGAAUCAUGGAGGGGUUGCCUUCAGGUGAUAUUCAGGGAAAAUACCAAAAAUUGGCCGCAGAGUACUCCAAGUUACGGGUGCACGUGAAGGUGCUAAAGAAGGGCGUUCUAGAUGAGCAAGCGAAAUCUAACGAGUUGAGGGACACAUUGAAAGAAAAAGAAAAAGCUUUGCGAAGAGGGGAAUUGGAGAUAGAUUCGUUGACUUUUAGGAAUCAGCAGUUAACGCGCCGGGUGUCCGUCCUUCAGGAUGAACUUGAAGCAUUACAGUUAAAACAAACAAAGAAAUCUAAAGGUAAAGUAGAUGAGAAGCAGACUGGCGCUGUAAGUAAUACAGCUCCAUUAGAUUCUGGCAUCUUACAAGAGGAAUUGCAGAAGAAAAUAAUUGAAAAUGCACAGUUUGCAUCACAGUUAUCAGAUAAAACAUUUGAAGUGUCUCAACUGAAGGCUUCACUAGAAGAUUAUCAAAGGCACAUUAGUGAGAGUGAUAGCAAAUACAAAUGUGAGAUAGCAAAGCUCAAAAACAAGAACCAAGAACUGCAGUUUGCUCUAGAAGAGGCACAAAAGGACCGCCUUGGAGGCACCCCGAGCAGGCUCCAUGCCCCUAGCAGUAGUCAGCCUCAUAGUUGUAAUGGAGAUUUCAUUUCGGAAGGCGGAAGUUUGAUUGGAAGUGAAGAUGCAUUAAGUUCUGUUGAUGAUUUGAAUAUAAAUGAGCAGCUUAGUAUAAAAACCCAUACAUUAGAACAAGAAAAUCAAAAACUUAGAAUGGAGUAUGAGCUUGUCCAAAUGGAGAAUGAGAGCCUAAAACUAGAAGUAGCAAAAUAUGUCUCAGCAUCACAGAAGAGGAAAGGAGAUACUCAUGACUCCGGAGACUUCAACACAUUCAACGAGACGGCUAUAGAUAAUGAGGGUAGAGUUACAGGCCUUCUUGGGAGCAUGGAGGUACCAUUCCUGUUGACCCAAGAGGUGCAGUCCAGAGAAGAUAGGAUGAAAGCUUAUUUUAGGAAUAAAAUUAGUGAAUUGAAAGUGGAAAAAGAUGAGCUGAGAAGCAAGACUGAACAUUAUGUCAAAGAGUGUGAGUUGCUAAGGCUAAGGUUCGAAGAGAUGGAGCGAGAUAAGCAGACAGAUGAACAUACAUUGCAAGAAAAACACAACACAAUCGGCCGCCUGGAAGAAGAGUUACACUCCACUUCACACAACUACGAAGAACAAAUGUCAGUGCUAACGGAACACGUGGCCGGACUCAACGAGCAACUAACCAAGCAGCAUGAUGAGAUUCAACACCUCAGACACCAGCUAUCAACUAGGAGGAAAUAGCAGUGUUACAAGCUGAAUAUAGAUAUACUAAUGGUAAGCCAACGAGUGUCCACUAUUUGUGAUGCAAAUAAACAAUUUGUUUUUUAUCUACACCAAUUUCAUGAAGUCAUCAGUUGACUAAAUGAACUCAUUUACGCCACUAUUAGUUUUCAAGAGAGAACGUUUUGUCGGCGUAACUAUUUUUAAAUAUAACCAGCUUUACGUAAUUAAGUAAUUCUGAGUAGCAAUAUUUUUACUGCCUUAAUAUGGUUAAAAAAUAAUUGAAGCGGUCUAGUACAUGUAAAGACGACGGCACAUCAAGCUAAAAACUGUAGCAUCCUAUGUUGUUACAAUAGGUGCUAUUUUACAACAAAAAUGUGUAUUCUGAUGUGUCGUCAACUGUACAACUGAGUGGUAUGACCUUUUUGAAUUAAUUUGAUAAACAAACGUGGAUUAUUUAUAGAGUUGCUGCCGCUUACCGCCCGCGCACUUAGGCGGGGUUAUGUAUGGUCUGCUAUAUUUUUUAAGCGAAACGGGACACAAUAUUGAUGUCAUGAGAUCUCCAGUGUGGACAAUUCAUUAAUGUCUCUGCUUAACAGUCUUCUGCAGUCUAUCUUUAUUUAUUUUUAUCAA